UCGAGCCGGUAGCCCUCGUCCUCAAAAGAUAGUAAAAAAAGAGCGGCAAAGAGAUUGAAAAUCUUCCUGAUGUAGUUGUAAAGCCAAAAUGUCUAUUGCCAAAGACAUAAUUGACGGGAUCACCUGUUGGACGGUGGUAUGUUUUGAUAAUGUCCACAACCAUGACCUAUUGAGUGAUAAGGAGGUGAGCUUCCUUCCCGCUUAUCAAAAUAUUGACAUUGUUGAUCAAAAGCGGAUUACACUUCUUGCGAGAGCUGGUUGUUCCAUGGGUUUGAUAAGAAGGGUGCUUGAAUUAGAAAAGGAAGUAGAUCCAGGCCAAUUGCCUUUUACGGAAAAUGCUAUAAGGAACUUUGUUCAAUCAGAAAGUUCUACCAAUAUUCAAAGUGAUGCACUGGAGCUACUAAAAAUAUGCAAUAGUUUGAAAGAUAAAGAUGGUGAUGUCCAAUAUGAUUUCACGGUUGAUGCAUGUCAAAGACUCGGACAUAUCAUUUGGAAAUUUGGAGACUCCAUUCGUGCUUAUGAAAUUUUUGGAGAUGUAGUUGUUUUCGAUACUACUUACCGAUUGAAUCGUUAUGAGAUGCCAUUGGGAGUUUGGAUUGUUGUGGACAAUCAUGGCAACUCUAUUUUCUUUGGUUGUGUUCUCUUGCGAAACGAGAAAGCAUCUUCUUUUUCGUGGGCAUUAAAGGUUAAUACCGUUGUAUUCUCAAUUUUUUUUUAA